UCUGGCAGGGCAGCAUCCGUUUGACCCCUCUUUCUACUCGGUUUCACUUUCAUAGGAUUCAGAGCCUGCUUACAAAUCGAGAUGCAGGGUUGUUUUUUCCUUCCUGAUCGUUUUUUUUAAUGUGCAUACUCUGUUUCCAGAGUCAGAGUAACGAGAUACAAAGUUCACCUAUGCUGAAAAUAAGCACAAGUUGAAAAGAACUUUCUGGGAGCCUGAAGAAGUGCUUUGUUAAAAUGAUAAAUGAGCUGUUGAAAGAGAGCUGAACCAUCCUUCGGAUUCUAAAUGUGUGGCUUUUUUUCUGUCCAGGACGCAGGCCUUUGGGAAAAAAGUAUCUGAUACUGGUUUAAACAAUUUAAUAGUCUUUAUUCUUUUUAGAAAGCCUUAAAUUCUUCAGGUUUUUUAAACUGUAGGUGGUCCUGAUUUCCUAGAGUCAGAUAAGUAGGAAGCAGCUCUGGUUGAAAAUGUAAGUUUCUUAAAGCAUCUGGGCAGGUUUUGUGAGAAGAGGAAAAGGGAGUGUUUUCUGAUACUUCUUUACAAAGAAUCUAUUGAUCCAGUGACUUAAUCUUCCUAUGUUUUGAAAUAUGCUAAUAUAUUUACGAUUUCUAUGUACUAAAAUAAUAUAGUGUUUUCUGAAAUGUAGUGGAACAUACUAACAUUUCUAAUGUAUUACCAGGAAAUUAAUGAACUUCUGUCUAGAAUUCCAUUUAAAGCCCCACCAAAUGAUUCAUGACUAAAUUACACAGCAGAAUUAAAUGGCACUUGAGCCUUGGACGAGUGUUUGUGCAGGGGUAACCCGGUGUCUGUACUUCUGCAUUGUGCAAAAGCUGUUACUCGUAUCCCAGAACUAAAUGACGAGAAAGAAUCCCACAGAAAUUCCUAAAUGCACCCUUAAAAUGCAAAUAUCCAUGUUCCUAAAGCUGAAAACUAAAAACCAGUUGAGGAGGAGGAAAGAAGAGUUGGUCUUCGAGGCUCCAAACUGAAGUUCCACACAACUGUAAUACUGUUGCCACGUGGUUUAUUCAGGAUUGCGGUUCAAGUGCUCUUUAAUUUGAUGAGAAAUAAAGAAAUGCUGUGUGCUGUCCCUGGCUGGGAUUUGCACGUGGCUCUGCUGAAAGUUUGGGUGAAUGCAAAAGUAUUUUGUAAUCUAUAGACAGGCUUCUGGGUAGCUCAGCAAAACUGGGGGAGAAGCUGUUGCAGUUAAUUAAUGAGUGUAUUUCUGUGCCCUCAGUGUUGCUUCCUUUCUUCAUCAGUGCUCUGAGUCAACAAGUCUUGAAAACAAAAGCAAAUACCUCACAAUAUUUCUGAACUAAUUUAGUUUGUGAGUGGUUAAGUAGCAUAUUGUGCAGUCAUAGCUUAAACAAGAGGGUUUUUCUUUUGAACACUAAACCAGUCAAACAGUCCCUUGAUUCUUGUCUGCAGCUAAAAUACGUCUUGCAACUUCAUGCAGGAUUUCAUCUGGGAAAGAACGGGAUUUCAUCCCAGCCUUGGAAACGCCUGGAGGCAGAUUGGUUAGUCAGAAGGCUUUUUAAUCACCAGAUCAGAAACAAAACUGUUCUGUUUGGUUUCUUGAAAAAGGAAAAAAAAAAAAGAAAAAGGGUAAAUUUGGUUCUCUGUUACAGUGGGUAACUCUGGUUUGGUCUGUCUCAGGAUCAUUCUCUGUAUGACCUGUUUCUCUGGGAAAAUUGUGGGAUGUUGUGUGUUGGCGUCAGUUCUGGUGCCUGUGGGGCUGUUGGUCCCAAAGCUGAUGGGAAUGAAGAGCGAGUGUCCCCUCAGUGUCCAGGGGCAGGGACACAGCUGUGCCGUCAGAGCUUCCCUCAGCAUUCCACACAGAGCCCUUGUGCUGGCUUCUGGAGCUGUCUGGAGCUGCAGGAACCUGUGUGCAUCUCAUGCUGUGGAGUGGGGCUCUGGAGGUGACACACGGCCUUGGAGGCAGCAGGGAGGGGUGGCUGGAAGCCACGGAGGUGACCAUGUGUUUGUGGCGUGCUCAGCACACGUGACAGCAGUUAUCAGUUUGGUUCUGGGUGGUACUCCUUUCCCUCUCUAAAAAUACACGGGGUUUGCCUUCUCUGUUCUCUCUGUACUAUUCCUUGGGCCUUUUUUUUUUCCACUUCUGUUUCUGUAAAGGAAUAAAUGCACUUUUUUAUUCACUUCUUACAAAAGAGGGAUGCUUGACUAUAUUAAAUUAUGUAAUGAGCAGAAAUAGGAAACUGGCCUGUCUUAGUGUUCCUUUCUGCAUUCAGAUGUUGAAAACUGUACGUUCUUUUAAAAUUCUUAAUUGCCAAAGUUAUCAUUUUAAUUCCCAUGUAUAAAUAUACCUUUCCUCUGUUCUGAAGCAAUCUCUCUUACAGUCACUUCAGAUCUCAGAUAAUUAUGUUCUCUGUUCAAGGAAGUCACUGGGAUGAAGCUAAACAUAAUCCUAAGAACUGAAACUCUUCCAGGUGUUGUGCCUGAAACAGACUGUCUAAUCUGUGCCCCAAAAAAGCCAGUGCCUCCUGCGUGCCAGGUGCCCCUGGAGUGUUUGAGGGCAUGACCUUUGAAGAUGGUUGAACAAGAUGAGAUGUUUUCUUGCACGUGAAACAACAACAUUAAACAACCACCCUGGAUGAUUAUUUGUAUAUCCUGGUGGUUAUUUAUAAAUCCUGGACCUGAAAUGGGUGAGAACCUGCAUUUUCUCUGAGGUUGCUGGGCAAUUCCUCCUUUGCCUUUGGAAAGACGGUGGCCUUUUCUGUGUAAUCCUGUGCAUUUGAAAUCCAUUGUACUUGGUCAUUCAGCAAGUAGAUAACAUCUGCUUCUCAUUUUCUUGCAAGUUCUGGUUUUUACUGCCAUUAAUUCUCAGAGCAGCCUGGGGAGCUGCCCGUCCAAAUUGCAGAUCUCUUCCAUCAAUAAGCCUUUUUGCCAUGAUGUGCUGGAGCCAGGUUUGCUGAGAAACAGGAAUUCUUCCAUGGCAGAAAGGAUCACUGCACCAAGUACAGUGCCCAAGGGAGGAGAAGGAAAACCUGUAGCUUUUUAUCCAAAGAGCAAAUAUUGUGGAUGUAGAACUUCUUUCAAACUUUUUUCCCAAGGGUGUUCGACCUGCCAAAAUGUUGAGUUCUUACAGACCCAGGGUGUGCUUUUCAGCUUGUCCAUUAUUUCAUAUUUUUACCAUAAUUGAAUUUAUUUAAUUAAAUCUAAUGUUUUUGGAAGUGAAACUGAGUAGAAAGUGAAAACAGUUCUUUCCAGUUUUGAGACAUUUUUCCUAUAAAUAGUGGAAGAGGAAUGGGUAAAAGAUGAGUUGUUAUAAGAACAAGAUUAACAUUAAAUUCUAAUAACUAUGCAUAGGUUAAAACCCCCUGAGAGUGGCAGAAGGAAUAGGGAGCCAGGGACUUAUUUUCAGCCUGCUGGUGUUCCAUAAAAGGUGACAAGCUAAGUUUAUUGUGUUCAGCAUGAUCAAUGUGUUCCAAGAAUUCACUGAAUUAAACCAUUCUCAGAACAAAAUUAAUUUUGGAGCAAGAGUUCUGUAAGCUUUAUUGAAAAGAGUUUAUGAUCAGUUUUACACUAAAAGAAAAACCUUCUACAGCCUUUGAAAAUCAGCCUCAUUUAGACCUAUUUUUGGUAGCAGUGUGUUCUGUAGGAUUCAAAUUUCUUGGUUUUGUUGUCUGCCUUUACAGAAAACUCAGCAACUUGUAGAUGUAAAUUGUUUUCGUUGUCCGCAUUUGUCUGGAAAUCCAAUGACAUUUUGCCUUUCAACUUAUUUCACAAUUGCUUUAUAUUAUAUAUUUUCAAAUCUUAACAUGGCCAAAUUUCUGUCCACAGAUCUUAAAAGCCCUGUAUCUGAGAGUCUGUUCCCAGUAUAGCUGGGAUUACCCAGAGAACAAUUAACAUAACCCUUUCAACUAACUCCUGUCUGGCUCCCGAGGCAGCUCUGUUCAGUCCUACCUGUCUUGUUGCUGUGACUCAGGUGAUGGCACCCUGGCUCCAAGACUGGCCCUGCUCCAUGGGAACCUGUCUCUAUCAGAUACUGCCAUGGAAUGUUUCCAGAGUGAUCAGCACAGGAAGUGCUGCCUUAGAAUCCCGUGAAACCUGACCCUGUGGAAGUUAAAGGUCCUUGAUUGUGGGGCUCUUCCCCCCACCUCGGUUCACUGUCUUCAUCUGACUUUACAGAGUGGGGGUGGUUAGAGUGGAGUGCAGCAGCCAUUACAAGAUAAGAAACAGCGGGGUUUGGAGGAUAAUUCACUUGUUUUUUGAAGUACCCCACUCAAAUGCCCAAUUAGGUGUAGGGCAGUUUCAUGAGCAGCACCAACUGCCAGCGUGUGUUCUGUCCUCAUCAAACACUUGUCUGAUUGUCCCACUUCAUGCUUCUCCAUAAGAUUGUCCUUCUUUGUGUCUUUGUCUUGGUUUUUCAGCCAUCUUUCCUAUUUUUAUUUUUCCCUUUCCCCCCUCCUUCCCUGGGUGUUUGCAGCAGGAGCACGGUGUGGUUCUGUAAGGCCCCCUGUGGUGGGAUCAGUGGUGUCAGCGGGGUCCUGCCAGGCUGGGAUGCCGUGGGGUUUGUUCUCUGCUAAUCUCCAGAGCAGCAGACAAUGAACUGCCAAUGGAAAGCUGGGACAAGAGGAUUAGGGAGCAUCUGUUCAAAGAGAAAGGGUGUUUUGGAAGAACGGAGAACUUUCCUGAUUUAGUAGGAAUUUGAAUAGUGGGGUCCUUGCAGUAAGGGCAGGACACACUGAGCCUCUCCUGCUGAACCGCUGCGGGCUCAGGCUUGCAAAGCCCUCUGGAGCACUUGAUUUUAUGAAGAACCCAGUAAGUUCAGCUUCAGGCCUUUCUGCAAGUGUGUGAAUGAACUAGGAGGAAAUGUGGGCAAAAAUAUAAGGAGUAGGGAUUAAUUUUAAAAAUUGUAAUAAAGUACUUUGAAGAUUCCUGAAUGAAUGUAAGAUAAAGCCUGGUACCCAGGUGAAUAUUAAUAUUUCAUUUUUGAACUCUAAAGUUUUGAUUUUUACAGUACAGUUCCUAAAUGUGUUCUGUUCAGAUGUCCUAGUAGGGCCCCCUUGUCUGGGACAUCUCCCUUAGGACUUGCCUCAUCUGCUCCCCCUCUGUUCUUGUAUUACUGUUCUCUGAAGCUUUCUGCAGUGCUUUUCUGUCUUCUGCCUCACACUCUUUUAAACUUAUUGCCAUCCCCAAUUUUCUCAAGCUCUUUUUCUUAACCAAAUGUCACACAAUUAAGCAUAUUUUGACUCCAGCAUAUAUGGAUCUUAAAAACUCGGUGAAAUAUGAGUUUAGAUGUACUGAUAACAAGAGUAUGCAGGAUGCUGUAUGGAGGAGUUCCUUUGCAAAGAUGGAGCUGUGUGAGGUUUGUGUGUUUUAUGUAUUUUUUAUAGAAUCCAUUUUUUUUUACAUAAAUGCAUGAUUUUGUAACACUGCUGCCAAGAAAGAAAACCCAGGUGCUUUUCAACCCUAUGCCCUGUUGGAGCUGGCAGUGGGGAUAGAGAGCUGCUCCUAACCUUGACCUUUUUCCUUCUGUUUGUAGUACAAGAGCCAUUGCCUUCUGCAGAACUGACCUCUUCAAGGAAAAGUCCUUGCUUUCAUUUUCUCCUUUGCAUUCCCCCUGUUCUCCUGGGAGCUGGUUUCAUUUGCAGCUGUGCAGUGUGUGCCUGUUUCUUUCCCAAGUGCUGGUGUGUCUGUGCUCCUGAGUGGCAGUGGAGAAGCAGAACUGCUCUGUGGAGAUGGGAAGGGCUUUCCAGCGCCGGGGACCCACGAAUGAGGAAUUCCUGGUGGAAUGUUCUCACGUGUGUUCAUCUACUUUAAACUUCAUGUGUCUGUCCCGAGGCUGGAGGAGGAUGGGGGAGAAGUGUUAUGGUUUAUUUCUGCUCUGCACUAAAAAACUUUAUGAACUAUAUUCAUUGCAGCAAAAAAUAUACUGUGGAUAUUAAUAGCGUGUAGUUAAAACUUCAGGUAAUGCAGUGGAACCAAAUAUUUGAAUAUGAGGUUAGUGUUUUAGUGGGACAUGAGGCAGAUCCCUCUCUUGUGAGCAGUGCUGUAGGAUCUUUAACUCCCACAUGUGGUCACGGUGUCAGGCCUGAGCCAGGCAGUGCUGGCACAGGGCAGGGCUGUCUGGAGUGAUGUGCCAUCUCCUGACUCACCUGGGGUCUUUUCCUGCAGGAGCAGGGUUUCCUUGGGUCUCCCAUCUCAGCACUAAGCCUGACCUUGUUUAGCUUGAGUCUGAGAGUACAGCUGAUGUCACAGCUGCAGUGGAACAGAGUAAAAAUCACUUCUGAAAUGCUGUUAGCAGUGUAACUGCAAUUGGAACAAGAGGUCUUGUUUACUUCCUGCAAAAUGUAAAACUUGUUUUUCUUGUUCACAUCUGUCUUCACAUCAGUAAUUGGAAUUUUACUGCAUAAAGAUUGAAUAUUAUGUUUGGUCUUGUUUACAGAUCUUAGCAGAAACUUUUUGCCCAAACUUCGGUUACUUUUAACUUCCUUUCGUCCUGUUCUGUGGUGGUACAGGUUUCAUUUUCAAAUAUGUGUUAUAUGCCAAAGUCAUCUUGGAUUCUAUGGGCUUAAGUUUUUUGUGGUCUUCUCACAGACACAGUACAGUUAAUGUAGGGUAUGAACAAAACCAUUAACCAGAGAUCAAGGCUCAUGUGUCAGUAAACUUACAGAUGCUUUUAGACAUCAGCAACUUCUGAAAUUCACUUGUCUUCAGUAUGAAAGUAGCUUUUUGUGGAAGGAGUAUGUAUAGGAAAUACUGCUGUAUUUUUAUCUGCAAUAAUAUAUGUAGGCUCUGGGUACCUCUUGAAUCUGUUAUGUGAUAAAAGCCUUGUAAGAUUGAGAUCUCUAAUGUUUUUUAGAUCAACAUGAUGCAUAAGUUUAAAACUGCAUCUGUUUAAAGGGAUUUAUGACUAAAACUGCUUGUUUUUCUACAGAAUUGUCUGGUGUUUCUCAGCUUGAAGAAGAUCUGCAGUCAUUAUUGAUCCUCUUUCUUGGCGUUACCGUUUUUGAAGUGAAGUUUGCCUAGCUUUCUAGUGUGAGCUCUCUUUGCAGCCAUCUUAAAAAAACUCUAAAAAAAAAAAAAAAAAAGGAAUUUUUUUUGAUCCAUAAAGUAGACACGCUCUAGUUCUACAAUGUCCAAGUCAUUCCAGCAGUCAUCUCUGAGUAGGGAUUCACAAGGUCAUGGGCGUGACCUCUCUGCAGGAAUAGGCCUUCUUGCUGCUGCUACCCAGUCUUUAAAUAUGCCAGCAUCUCUUGGAAGGAUGAACCAGGGUACUGCACGCCUUGCUAGCUUAAUGAAUCUUGGAAUGAGUUCUUCAUUGAACCAACAAGGAUCUCAUAGUGCACUGUCUUCUGGUAGUACCUCUUCCCAUAAUUUGCAGUCUAUAUUUAACAUUGGAAGUAGAGGUCCGCUCCCUUUGUCUUCUCAGCACCGUGGAGAUGCAGACCAGGCCACUAACAUUUUGGCCAGCUUUGGUCUGUCUGCUAGAGACUUAGAUGAACUGAGUCGCUAUCCCGAGGACAAGAUCACUCCUGAAAACUUGCCUCAGAUCCUUCUACAACUUAAAAGGAGGAGAGCUGAAGAAGGUUAUGGUAGAGAUGGCAGAUCAUCCACACGGGAACCACCGUACAGAGUACCUAGGGACGAUUGGGAAGAAAAGAGGCAUUUUAGAAGAGAUAGCUUUGAUGAUCGUGGUCCUAGUCUCAACCCAGUGGUUGACUAUGACCAUGGAAGUCGUUCUCAAGAAUCUGGUUAUUAUGACAGAAUGGAUUAUGAAGAUGACAGAUUGAGAGAUGGAGAAAGGUGUAGGGAUGAAUCUUUUUAUGGUGAGACUUCGCAUAACUAUCAUAAAUUUGACAGUGAGUAUGACAGAAUGGGUCGUGGUCCUGGGCCCGAGAGAUCUCUCUUUGAGAAAAAGAGAGGUGCUCCUCCAAAUAGCAAUAUUGAAGACUUCCAUGGAUUCUUACCGAAGGGUUAUCCCCAUCUGUGCUCUAUAUGUGAUAUGCCAGUUCAUUCUAAUAAGGAGUGGAACCACCACAUCAAUGGAGCGACUCACAGCCGCCGCUGCCAGCUGCUGCUCGAAAUAUACCCAGAAUGGAAUCCUGACAGUGAUUCAGGACAUGGAAUGGGUGAUCCCUUUAUGUUGCAGCAAUCCACAAACCCUGCACCAGGAAUUCUGGGACCACCUCCACCUCCAUUCCACCUUGGAGGACCCCCUGUUGGGCCCAGAGGAGCUGGCAAUGGAAAUAUGCAAGGACCGAGGCACAUGCAGAAGGGCAGAGUGGAAACAAGCAGAGUUGUGCACAUCAUGGAUUUCCAGAGGGGAAAGAACUUGAGAUACCAGCUGCUCCAGCUCGUUGAGCCCUUUGGGAUAAUCACAAAUCACCUGAUUCUGAACAAAAUCAAUGAGGCAUUCAUCGAAAUGUCCACCACUGAAGACGCCCAGGCUGCAGUUGAAUACUAUUCAACAACACCUGCCCUGGUGUUUGGUAAACCUGUCAGAGUCCACUUGUCACAGAAAUACAAGAGAAUAAAGAAACCUGAGGGUAAACCUGACCAAAAGACGGAGCCCCCCAAACCAGAACUGGGCCGUGUGAUUCACCUGAGCAACUUGCCGCACUCUGGGUACUCUGACAACGCGGUGCUCAAACUGGCUGAGCCCUACGGCAAAAUCAAGAACUACAUCCUCAUGAGGAUGAAGAGCCAGGCUUUCAUUGAGAUGGAGACCAGGGAAGAUGCUUUGGCCAUGGUGGAGCAUUGUGCCAACAAAGCCCUUUGGUUCCAAGGCAGAUGUGUGAAAGUGGAUUUAUCUGAGAAGUACAAGAAGCUGGUGUUAAGGAUUCCCAACAAAGGAGUUGAGCUGCUGAAAAAGGAUAAAACCAGAAAGAGAACCUAUUCUCCAGACAGCAAAGAUUCUCCCAGUGAUAAGAAGUCUAAAACAGAAGCUGCUCAGAAGCCUGAAAGUGGCACUACAGAAGAAAAAGGGAAAGAGGAGAAACAAGAGGAUCCUGCUGAGCCCUCAGGUGCCAAAAGUGGGGAACAGGCAGAGCAAGACGAGCCAAAUUUACUCCUGGAAUCUGAAGAUGAGCUGCUGGUGGAUGAGGAGGAGGCAGCAGCAUUGUUAGAAAGUGGCAGCUCAGCAGGAGAGGAUGCAGAUGUUGCCAAUUUAGCUGAUGUGGCUACUGAAGAGAAAAAGGACACCCCCGAUGAUGCCACAGUAAAAACUGAGGGGAACGUUGUGGCCACUCCAGCAGCCAAGAAAAAGCUUAAAAAGCGCUACGUGGGCGGCUUCCCACGGAGCAUGGAGGGCUUUGUGACCCUGGAUGAGGUGGGGGAUGAGGAGGACUCGGAUCACCAGAAACUCCGCAAGUCGGGCCUGGCAGGGAAGGCGGGAGGCAAGAACGAGGACAGCUUGGCAGAGAUCAAGGUGGACAAGAUCGAGGAGCCAGAGCAGGAGAACGAGACGUUGGAGAAUGGAACGAAACCCGAGGACAGCACGAAGGCUGAGCCUGUGGAAGCUUCAGAUGCCACGACAGCCCAGGAUGCUGAGAAAAACCCCCAGGAAAACACAGACCCCCAGGAUGAGCAGGAAACCAAGAGCGUCCAAGAGAAACCUCUUGUUCCAGACGAGUUUAGGAUUGGGCCGUACCAGCCAAACGUUCCUGUUGAAAAUUCUGGAUAAAAUGGCAGAAGACUACAGGCAAAAGAAAGAAGCUUAAAAAGAAGGAAGGAUGUAAGGAAAACGUGGCUUUGUUUUUAAUGUUAAUCUUUUUUAAAAGCAGUACAAGUAGUAGAUGGAAAUACUGUAUUCUUUUUUGUUUUAGUGAGAUACAGUAGGCAUUAUAGGUCUGUUCAUGUGUUAAAUGUUGUAGCAAAAAGCAUAUGCAGUUAAGUUAAUGACAACAAUUUGUUCUUAAUGUGAGAAUGGCAACAAGUUUUUGUUUUGACACUUCAAGCUAUUACAGAAAAAAAAAUCCUGCACCCUCGUGGAAAGCUCAUCUAUGAGAAAACCUUGUUCAAAUGAGAUUUACUACUUUCAAGGUGAAGAAAUUGUCUUUUGAUUCCAUUCUGAAUAAAAAUUGAAAAGUAACACUGUAUUUUUAUUUUAUCUAGAACAUUCCAUAUUUUGGUCUGAGCCUAGCAGCUAUUUAAUUUUGAGUGUAAGGCUGUCAUUGCAUUUCACUUUGGAAAAGUCUUUAAAUGUAAGUUGCAUUUUUAAAUGUUGAAUUGCAGUUUCUUUUAAUGUCACUGCUGUUAUCUAUAGCAAAUAGGAAAAUUAGUGAUUAGCCAGCUUUACAACUUUGUGACUUUUUUUCGAAGCUCUUGCUAGACUUUCCUAUUCAGCUAUUCCAUGUAUUUUUAGUGAGAAGUAAAUGCCCAUUCUCUCCAACCAGUAUUAUUUCCUUGAGCUCUUCCUGCUUUUACUUGAAUCUCGUUGCUGUUGUACAUCCCUGGUAUCUCAAAAGCAGCAUUGGAGUCCCCAGGUGGACAAAGUUAUCUUUAUAUUCUCCGUGUGGAAUUUUUCAUACCCGCAUUUUAACACCGUUUUUUGUUAAAAUCUGGUUUUGUCAAGACUCUUUAGAACUGUGCUCUUAAUGUACCUGCACAUGUGAGAUGUGAACAGGAAUUUGCAUGUGUAACCCGUGUUUAUCUGUAGUUUUUGUUAUUUACUGCUUAUUUGUGACUUCAGGUUACUAAAGUGAUUCCCAAUAAACAAAGCUAGGCCACAGUGGUUUGUUAUAGAUGUUUGGCAUGUUAACCAGUGUCUGCUGAACUCUUGAUCUGUGUCAUGUCACCACACUGAAACUCCAGCUCUUGAAAAUGUGCAUGUUUUAACACCUGUGAUUCAGCAGCUUCCUGCAGAACUUUUCUUUCUCUCCCCCAAACCCUCUUGCCUUUCCCAACAAAUUAAAAUAUCACUUGUUAAAACCUUGGUAAGUA